CAAGUGUAUGUGCGGUCACACUGCACGAUUGCUUCAGAAGCCGCAUUUUAUUUUAUUUGCCGACAGUUUUCUUUUCUUUUGUUUUUGAAUGCAAACUAUGAUUUAGUGAACUGCAGUUUGUGAGUGAAUAAAUAUAUCGAGUGCAACACACUACUGAAGAAAAGCAGCAGCUGCUGCAGCAAAACAUUAUUAGCCACACUUCCAAAUUUGCAAGCCGGCAAAACAACACCAACAACACAAUGACUUCUGCAAGGGAUUUGAUUAAAAUUGACAUAGAAUGGGGCAUGGAACGUUUGGUGCGCGCCCAACAAGUUGUCGAGCUGCGUCCCUACGACAUCGAAUCGUGGUCGGUGAUGUUGCGUGAGGCACAAACGCGUCCCAUUCACGAGGUGCGCAGUCUGUACGAGUCGCUGGUGAACGUGUUCCCCACCACAGCACGUUACUGGAAGCUCUACAUAGAGAUGGAGAUGCGCAGCCGUUAUUACGAGCGUGUGGAGAAGCUCUUCCAACGUUGCCUGGUCAAAAUCUUAAACAUUGAUUUAUGGAAACUCUACUUGACCUAUGUGAAGGAAACCAAAGCGGGUCUCAGCACGCACAAAGAAAAGAUGGCUCAGGCUUAUGACUUUGCGCUGGAGAAGAUUGGCAUGGAUUUGCAUUCGUUUAGUAUUUGGCAGGAUUACAUAUACUUUUUGCGCGGCGUCGAAGCCGUGGGUAACUAUGCCGAGAAUCAGAAGAUCACCGCUGUGCGACGUGUGUAUCAAAAGGCCGUUGUGACGCCCAUUGUGGGCAUCGAGCAGCUGUGGAAGGAUUACAUUGCGUUCGAGCAUAACAUCAAUCCGAUUAUAUCGGAGAAAAUGAGUCUAGAGCGUUCCAAGGAUUAUAUGAAUGCACGACGUGUGGCAAAGGAAUUGGAAUAUCAUACGAAGGGAUUGAAUCGCAAUUUGCCAGCGGUGCCACCGACACUGACCAAGGAGGAGAUGAAACAAGUGGAGCUGUGGAAACGUUUCAUUACCUAUGAGAAAUCGAAUCCGUUGCGCACCGAAGACACGGCGCUGGUGACGCGUCGCGUCAUGUUUGCCACCGAACAGUGUCUGCUGGUGUUGACCCAUCAUCCGGCCGUUUGGCAUCAGGCAUCGCAGUUUCUGGAUACCAGCGCACGUGUUCUCACCGAGAAAGGCGAUGUGCAGGCGGCCAAAAUCUUUGCGGAUGAGUGUGCCAAUAUUUUGGAGCGUUCCAUAAACGGUGUACUAAAUCGAAAUGCCUUGCUCUAUUUUGCUUAUGCGGACUUUGAGGAGGGACGUCUCAAGUACGAGAAAGUGCACAGCAUGUACAACAAGCUGCUCACGCUGCCCGAUAUUGAUCCGACGCUGGUCUAUGUGCAGUACAUGAAAUUUGCGAGACGCGCCGAGGGCAUCAAAUCAGCGCGAGGCAUCUUCAAGAAGGCACGCGAGGAUGUUCGUUCACGUUAUCACAUCUUUGUGGCGGCCGCACUGAUGGAAUAUUAUUGUUCGAAGGACAAGGAGAUUGCGUUUCGAAUCUUUGAAUUGGGAUUGAAGCGUUUCGGCGGCAGUCCCGAGUACGUCAUGUGCUACAUUGAUUAUCUGUCGCAUCUCAACGAGGAUAACAAUACGCGGGUCCUUUUCGAGCGUGUCCUGAGCUCGGGCGGACUGUCGCCACACAAGAGCGUGGAGGUGUGGAAUCGUUUUCUCGAAUUCGAGUCGAAUAUCGGUGACUUGUCCAGCAUUGUUAAGGUGGAGCGACGUCGCAGUGCUGUAUUUGAAAAUCUAAAAGAGUACGAGGGCAAGGAGACGGCACAGCUGGUGGAUCGCUACAAGUUUCUCGAUCUGUAUCCUUGCACGAGCACCGAACUCAAGUCCAUUGGAUAUGCCGAGAAUUUGGGCAUCAUAUUGAAUAAAGUGGGAGGCGGCGGCGGCGUUGUCGGUGUUGGAGCCAAUAGUCACAACAACGAUGCCGAAGCCGAUGGCGAGGCAGCGCAACCGUUGCCACGUCCCGACUUCACACAGAUGAUUCCCUUCAAGCCGCGCUCCUGCGCUCAUCCCGGUGCACAUCCGCUCGCCGGCGGCGUCUUUCCACAGCCGCCAGCAUUGGCGGCGCUUUGUGCCGCUCUGCCGCCGCCCAACAGCUUCCGUGGCCCCUUCGUCAGCGUGGAGCUGCUCUUCGACAUCUUUAUGCGUCUCAAUCUGCCAGAGUCUGCACCUCAACCGAAUGGCGACAACGAUCUGACGCCAAAGAUCUUUGAUCUGGCCAAGUCGGUGCACUGGAUUGUGGACACGAGCACGUACACAGGAGUGCAGCACAGCGUGACAGCGAUGCCGCCACGACGUCGUCGUCUGCUGCCCGGUGGCGAUGACAGCGAUGAUGAGCUGCAGAAUUCGGCGCCGCCCACCAACGAUAUUUAUCGCCUGCGACAACUCAAGCGUUUCGCCAAAUCCAAUUGAGAACUGUUUCUAUUUUUUUUUUUUUGUCGUGUAUUGGUUACUCAAUUUUUUAGCAAUUUUUUUUCUCCCCCUCCCCAAACAAUUUUUUAACAAUUUCUACCAUUGUAAGUAAAAAUAAUAAUAAUAAUACUAGUAGUAAACAAUAGUCGAUAUUUAGAAGACAGCAUUAAACAAAACAAUG